ACUAUAGGUACCUACCAACAAUAUAAAAACACAGUAAAGCAGGCGUUCUGGUUUGAGCAAAAAAGUUCUAAUUUUAAUUACUUGAGCUUCAUUCUGGAGAAAUAGUUUAUUUCAAAUCAUUCAAUGUUCCGUUGGAUUGUGUUGUGGUUCGUCUUUAUUUUAAAAAUCUUUUUCCUACCCAUAUUCAUAUUCAUACGAAUUUACAAAUUCAUCAUAAUGAGAGUAUCAGAGAUAGUAAGAUCCUCGCGUCGACUGAUGAGUACGCGUGCAGAAUACAAUGGAUUGAUUAUACAAGAUAGAACUAAAUUAAUGUUAGAAAAAGUCGCUCAAGAUGAAGGGUUUGUAGACAAAGACAUUACCUGCUACGGCCAAGUUGGCAAAGGACAAGGUGUCACAGGAGAACUCUUUUUUGUAAAUAUCUAUGCUAGAAAUAGUAAUAAACGCCUAGAACUUCUCAUUAAACAGGCGAGUACUAAUAAAAAGGUACUUGAAUAUUUUCCAGUCAACCUCUUUUACAAAAAUGAAGCCAAUUUUUACGAACUUGUUUGGAGAGAAUUUGAGAAACAACAGCAAAGGCGUCUUGGGCGUCUUCUUUUCGAUAAUAUCCCUAAGGCUUACGAUUACAAUGUUAACCCUGGAGAGGAAUGCAUUGUACUGGAAAAUGUAGGAAGUAAAGGUUUCCGCAACAUAAAUAAAAGGGAAAUCGUACCUAAUGAUAUAAUGGAACUUAUUGUAAAAAAGUACGCACAAUUUCAUGGUUUGUCAUAUGUACUUAAAAAGAGCGAUCCACGAAAAUACGAUGAACUAGCACAGAAAUUUGUUCCGUAUUGGGAGCAAGCCAAGGAAAUUGUACCACUAAAUGUUUCGAUCACAGGCGUCUUUACUAAAUGCAUAAAAUAUCUACAGAAACCGGAGAAACCUCAGAAUCCAGACCUUAUAAAUAAAAUUAAAGAAUAUAAUACAACUGGACUCGAUGUCUUUAUUCAGUCGAACAACUAUAAGGGAAAACAUGGCGUAUUCCUGCAUGGAGACUGUUGGAGUAAUAAUAUGUUAUUUAAAUUUACGGAGACUGGUGUGUCAGAAGAUUUGAAAUUUAUAGAUUUCCAAACAUGCAAAGUUGGAUCAGCUGUUUACGACCUGUCCUAUUGCAUUUAUUCGGGAGGAAGCAAAGAAGUUUUCGAUAAUCUUGAUCAUUACCUCAACUUAUACCACAAAAAUCUAGUUGAUACCUGCACGGUAAUGGGAUGUGACGAGUUCAUUUCCUUGGAAGAAUUAAAACAGGAAUGGAAGGAUUACUCCAAGUUUGGAUGGAUCAUGGCAAUGGUAAUUCUAAGAGCAAAAUACGUCAAAGAUGAUGCCAAACUGGAUUUGUAUUUGAUGUUGACUGAGAUCGAAAAGAGGGAUUACAAGAAGCAUUUGGAAGAGGCAGAUGAAGAAGAAAUCGAGAGGAGAACAGUGCCAUUACUUGAACAUAUGUACCAAAAUGGAUUUAUAUAAGUAGGAUAAAAGAUUUUUAUGUUUUAAAAUAUCCCUUUUUAUAAAUUUUUAUCGAAUUCUAACCAUGUAAAAAUUUCUUUAUCAAAUCAACUGCAAUUUAGUAAGUAUGUUGAAAUGUUAAUUACUUUUAGUAAAAUGUUAAAGUGCUUGUUGCGUUUCUAGUCCAUUAUUUAAUAAAAAGUACCUAGUUGUAAGUUAGUAAAACGCAUAUAAAUGUGGGAUAUUUUGUUUUUUGUGUAUAUGUAUUUUUUAACAUUUGUCAGUAUAUUUUAUAAAAUUCACUAAUAAAUUUUUAUGAAAUAAA